UCCUGUUUUAUUUUAUUUAUUUUUGGUUUAGUUCUCCCUCAUAUGUCUUGUAGCUUUACAUCCUGUCUUUGUUUGUUUUCCCCUUCAGCAUUGAUUGUCUGCCCGCCCUGAUUAGUUUCAUCUGUGUCUAGUUAUAUUUCACCUGUGUCUAGUUGUCUUUCCCUCACUGUGUAUUUAGUCAGUGUUUCCCCUGUUUUGUUGUCAGUUCCUCUUGGUUUCUGUGCCUUGCGUUCCAGGCCUUUUCUCAGUGUUUCUUAUGUUUCUGACUUACUACCUCUGUUUUUGGACUAUCUGCCUGAUUUGUGGGACUUUGGAUUUCUGGCUGCUGUUUUGGAUUUGUUUGCCUUUUGGACUGCUUCCCUGGUUCUGACUUCUGCCUGCCUUAUUUUCCAUUAGGUUUCUCAGAGGGGGAUGCUGAAGCCGGAGUAGAGGAGGAUGGAGAGAGAGGCAUAACCUGGUCCUCGGUGCGGGAAAUCUUCUGACUGAGAUGGACCACCCCACCCCGGCUUUAAUUGAUUGGUGCCGACUUUACACUGGAGCUCUCACAGUCCAGGGCAUCCCCCAAGGCUCCGCUCUCUCUGCUGUUUUCUCAGUUCUUGGACCUAGAGGGUAUGGAUUAACCAACAUCCCUCCGAUGGACAAGAUGCUGGCCAUCUACCUGGCGCCUAAGCCCAACUCGGCCAGUGGCAAAUCCACACUCCCCAGUAGGCAGUGUAGAUUUUCCGCUGCUCAGCUGGAGAAAAUAUACCGUACCCAGGGGCUGACUGCUCGUGCGCUGAAUACGGCCUCCAUGCUGCAGGCUUACCAGGUUGAGAAGUUAUGGGACCUGCACGAGGCUCUGGUGAAGGAUAAUGCAGCCGGGUUGCUGGACGAGGUGCACAGAAUGGCUGAUUUCAUUCUCUCCAGUACAGCAGCUGAUCUCGAUGUUAAAGGAACGGUUAAGCAUAGAGUUGCACCCAAGCACGUUAACUCAAGCCGCAGCCAACAGCUACUGGGAUUUAUGGCAUCUAUGAUUCCAGCAGUGUCUCUGAGCUUGCUGAUUAUGACGACGUUUCAGCGCUGGGUGCAUGCCAAACAGAUGUUCCCAUGGCACAUGUGACAUGGCACAUCAGCAUGCUGGAACUAUACACUGUGGGGCGAAUUCAACAAAGAAUGAAUAGCACCAUGAAUUGCACAUCAUUUGCAACCAC